AUGGAUGCGGAGAGUUCAACGGCGGCGUCGAGCAGUAGAUCUGGCGGUGGAGCAUCGGCAGAUUCGUACAUCGGUAGCUUAAUAAGCUUGACAUCGAAAAGUGAGAUCAGGUAUGAGGGCAUACUCUACAACAUUAACACUGAAGAGUCCAGCAUCGGCCUCCGCAACGUGAGAUCAUUUGGAACCGAAGGACGGAAAAAGGAUGGCCCACAAGUCCCUCCUGGCGACAAAAUCUAUGAAUACAUACUGUUUCGAGGAAGUGAUAUUAAGGAUUUGCAGGUGAAAUCGUCUCCUCCCAUUCAAACUACACCACCUAUAAACAAUAUAAACAAUGAUCCAGCCAUUAUUCAGUCUCACUAUCCUCAUCCAGCAACCACAUCAACAAGCUUGCCCACAGCUCCUAGUGGGUCUUUGACUGAUCUUGGUUCCCAUUCUGCACAUUUGGGACAUCCUGGGUCAGCUCUUCAAAGUGGUCUGCCUUUAUAUCAACCGGGGGGGAACUUGAACUCUUGGGGCCCUUCUCCUCCAAAUGCAAAUGGUAGUGGGCUAGCUAUGCCAAUGUAUUGGCAGGGGUUCUAUGGUGCACCAAGCGGUAUGCCUCAACUGCCCCAGCAAUCCUUGCUUCGACCACCUAUGGGGCUGUCAAUGCCUCCUCCCACCAUGCAACAGAUGCAGUAUUCUGGUAUCACAACAUCUUUACAGACAGGAGCAUCGAGCUUACCAGGAUCUAAUUUAAACGAUUAUAAUUCUCCUGUGGUUCCCAACAAUUCUAGUUCUGUUAAUGUUAACUCCAAUUCUUUGCCUUUUAGUGUUCCUCCACUGCAGCCCAUUUCACUGGCAUCUGAAACAAUAACAAACCUGUUACCAAACAAAGCUCCUAUAUCUGCCAUCCCUAUGUUAGCACCAAGUUCUAACUUGCCAUCUUCAGCUCCUGUAUCUACAUCAAUUCCUGACAACGCUGGUGCACCUUCAGUCGCUAGCAAUCUUGCAAAAUAUGUCCCAACACCCUUGACACAACAUACCAUGUCUCAUCUUGCAACCUCUGUUUCUGGGUCAUCCAGCCUAGGUCUUUUAGAAACAUCCACACCUUCACUUGUAACCCCAAGGCAGCUAUUGCAGUCUGGACCACCUCCGUCGUCUUCAACUCAGUCUUUGCAAACAGCUCAAAAAGAUGUGGAAGUAGUUCAAGCGUCACCUAAGCCAUCAUCAGAACAGCCAGUUCGGGUGGCCACUGAAUCUCAACCGCCAAUAUUACCUUUACCACCGAGCACGCGAGCCCAUAAGCCAAAUGGAGCUAGUUAUCACAUGCGUAAUAAUUACAGAGGGCGUGGCGGAAGAGGAACUGGGAUUCCUGGCCGUGUGACAAAAUUUACUGAAGAUUUUGAUUUUAUGGCAAUGAAUGAAAAAUUCAAUAAGGAUGAAGUAUGGGGUCAUCUGGGUAAAAGUAACAAAUCCCAGUCUAAGGAAGAGAAUGAAAAUGGCAGCGAUGAAGAUGAUGAUUCACGUGAUGAAGAUGACGCUGAACUGCCAAAGAUUGAGAUCACGUCUGUUUACAAAAAGGAUGACUUUUUUGACUCCAUUUCUUCUAAUGCCCUGGACAAUGAGUCAAAUCAUGGAAGGACUAGGUAUUCAGAGCAAAUGAAGUUAGAUACCGAGACGUUUGGAGAUUUCUCAAGGUAUCGUGGUGGUCAAGGAGGUCGUGGCCCUCGUGGUGGUGGUCGGUUUCGAGGCUCUUACUAUGGAAGGGGGGGUUAUGCUGGUGGUGGAUAUGGUGGCUAUGUUGGUAGGGGCCGUGGUCGAGGUUUUUCAAAUCGUACCUCUUAA